UCUGUUUGUUCUGUUGCCCCCACUUGGCACAGAUUGACACCAACUCCCCCAUUGUCUUGCACCGGAGAAUGAGUCGGUCUUCGAUCUCCUCUCCACACAGCUCACCUUCUGAUGCACAUCCACUCGCACCGUCUCCUUCCUCUCUGUGUCCAGCCAAUUGACGUCACUCCUUCCCACUACACUUCCUUGGUUGACCUACUUUUCUUCUUCUCCUCUCUCUCUUCUAAUUGCAACCUCAACUACCAUCCUUUUACUUUAUUGCUUUUCCUUAGAUCUGUAAGCAUGCCAUGGCCAGGCUGAUGCCACCAAAGUCUGAGAAAUAUGCACAGCUGUGCUUUCUUUUUGCUCUUCUUUAGAUCUGUUGGAGUCGCAAAACCUAACUCAGAGCCCAAGUUUGAGGUCAAGUCAAUCUCAAAACAUGUGGUUGCAGCAAGUGGUGCAGUAAUGCCUGAUCGAAUCAUGCAGCUGUAAAGUCCAAGUUCUACUUCUUCUUCUUCUUCUUCCACUCCCCCCCACCUUCCUUGUAUAUAACACCACCACCCAAAACCAUUCUGCAAUCUCAACUCUUCUUCUUCAUGUAUAAUUCGAUGGCUGUCGAGACGACAACUGCUUUGAUUCCACCGGCGAGCACAGAGACGAGCGACGAGGACUUGCUGCACAUGGAAGGGUGGGCGAAGCGGAAGCGGACAAAGCGCCACCGCUUCUCUGAUCGGCCACCGACCGAAGAGGAGUCCUUGGCCCACUGCCUCGUUAUGCUCGCCCGCGGCGGACCCGGUCCUCGCCUGCCGUCGUUGGCCUCCGACUCGACGCUGGCGCCACCGCCGGGGAAGCUCGAGUACAACUGCUCCGUCUGCGGGAAGGCGUUCGGCUCUUACCAGGCCCUCGGCGGCCACAAGACCAGCCACCGGAAGCUCACCUGUGCCGCCGACGAGGCCGCCGUCGACACCUCAGGCUCCUCCACUGCCGGCGCCGGCAGGUUGCACCAAUGCUCGGUGUGCCUGAAGACGUUCCCUUCGGGGCAGGCGCUCGGGGGGCACAAGCGGUGCCACUACGACGGAACCCUCGGCAACAGGGGGCUGGAUCUGAACGUGCCAUCGCUGCCCGAGUUCGAGUUCGACGGUGGCGUCAGGCGCUGCCUACCGGCAACGGCGGCGGCGGCGGCCACCGCGGAGGAGGAGGAGGUGCAGAGCCCACUGGCGUUCAAGAAACCGAGACUUCUGAUCCCGGCUUAAGCGCCGACAGCUACCAAAAGUCAACUCCAUUGCGUUCAUUGUUUGUUCGAGAUGAAUACUACUCUUCUCCGUGUACAGAAUUCUUUGUAGGCUGAUGAAGUCAACGAUUCUUUCUCCAAGUUUGAUCAUUAAUAUGAGCUGCAUUAAGAUCUUGA